AUGGUGUUCAAAAACAGGUACAUGGUGAUGGAGGUUUUUAUGAAUCCUAAUAGAGAUCAAGCAUCAGGUGAUUCUAUUAUAAUAACCCAAUUUAAUGUCGCUAAUGCUAUAAAAGAUAGCAUUUUGGUGAAUUUUGGGGAGUGUGGUUUGGCUGCAUCACUGGGAUCAUUUCAGGUUAAGUAUGUGAAUCCAAUCACUAAUGUGUGCAUCAUUAGAGCUUCGAGAGAGGAGCAUGAAAAAGUAUGGGCUUCCAUUACAAUGGUCAAAAGUAUUGGAAAUUUCCCAGUGGUGUUUAAUUUGCUUGAUUUAUCUGGGAAUUUACAGGCUACUAAAACUGCUGCGUUAAAGUGCGAAAAAGCAAAAUUUGAACAGUUCAAACUUAUGGUUGGUGAUCGAUUAUCAGCUGACGAUACUCACCGUAUGAAUAAUCAUCUUGCAAAGAUUGAAUUUUUGGAGCACUGA